GGGCUUGAAGCGGGUUAAGAGCUGGCAGGAGUUUGGGCCACGCGUGCCUGAGAAAAAGUCCAAUGGCGUGGCAGGGGCUGGCGGCCGAGUUUCUGCAGGUGCCGGCGGUGACGCGGGUCUACACCACUGCCUGCGUCCUCACCACAGCCGCCGUGCUGGAGCUCCUUAGUCCCUUCCAGCUCUACUUCAACCCGCACCUCGUGUUCCGAAAGUUCCAGAUCUGGAGACUUCUCACCAACUUCCUCUUCUUCGGGCCCCUGGGAUUCAGCUUCUUCUUCAACAUGCUCUUCGUGUUCCGGUACUGCCGUAUGCUGGAGGAGGGUUCCUUCCGUGGCCGUAAGGCCGACUUCGUUUUCAUGUUUCUCUUUGGGGGAGUCCUUAUGAUUCUGCUGGGGUUCCUGGGCAGCCUGUUCUUCCUAGGCCAGGCCCUUACAGCCAUGCUGGUGUAUGUAUGGAGCCGCCGCAGCCCUCAGGUGAGGGUCAACUUCUUCGGCCUCUUCACGUUCCAGGCGCCAUUCCUGCCCUGGGCACUCAUGGGCUUCUCAAUGCUGCUGGGCAACUCGAUCCUCGUGGACCUGCUGGGGAUUGCUGUGGGACACAUCUACUACUUCCUGGAGGAUGUCUUUCCCAACCAGCCUGGAGGCAAGAGGCUGCUGCUGACCCCCAGCUUCCUGAAGCUGCUUCUGGAUGCCCCGGAAGAGGACCCCAAUUACCUGCCCCUCCCUGAAGAACAGCCAGGACCGCCACAGCAGUGACCCCACCCAGGGCCAGCCCAGGGGCCUGUUUCCCCAGCAUCUGUCAAGCCUCCAUCCCAUCCCUAACCCCUGUUUUUGCAGCACAGCAACCUAUCAAAUAAACAGAAUAAUUUGUA